AUGCAGCUACCCCCAAAGAUUAAGGUGCCUGAAUUCCAGAGGUACUACGGCACGACCGACCCUCGUCACCAUCUCCGUCACUACAGGGGAAAAAUGUUGCAGUACUGGGACUACGAAGAGUUUGUCAUCCAUACGUUCCAGGAUAGUUUGGCAGGAGCGGCUCUGGAUUGGUACAUGUCACUGAAAGCUGCGGAUAUCCCCACGUGGGCAGACCUCUCAAGCAAAUUCAUCGACCAGUACAGGUACUGUGCGGAGACGCCCCCGACUCUGCUGGAGCUCAGCACGAUGGAGAUGACCGAUGACCAGGGCUUCGAGGCCUAUGCAGUGAAGUGGCGGGCUAGAGCGGCGAAGCAUAUCCCUCCGAUCAGUGAGGCACAGCAGAUCCAAUUAUUUCACUCCACUCUUAAAGGUGCCUACUACUUGCACUUGUUGGCCCAUACGUCGUCAUUCUCCAACCUUAUCGAUGCCGGAAAGAAACUCGACAUCGGCAUUAAGCUCGGCAAGAUAGAAGGUCCGGCCGAGAAAAAGGAAGGAGAGUCCUCGAAGAGGGCCGCCACUGGGACAGCGGGAAGCAGGAGAGGGAAAGACACGUCCGUCAAUGCUGUCAACUCAGGGCGCCAGGCCCCCCAGCAAUAUUCCAUAAGCUACACGCCCGCACCACCAGCCACUCAAACAUAUGCUCCACCUUCGAUACAUUAUCAACAACAACCCCCAGCGCAGCAAGCUUACUAUUCCGCCCCACCGGCUUCCUUUCCAUUGCCGGUCCCGCAGCAAUACGCUCAUAAUUAUGCUUCUGCUCCUUCUCAGACCCCGCAAUACAGGCCUCCGGCUUUGAGAACUCCUCAGCCGACACAACAGGCCCCAGCCCCACAAGGUCAGCAAGGUGGCGCAACGCAAAAUCGGCAGCGUAAACAGUUCACACCUCUGCCGGCUCCGCUUUCCUACAUAUACCGGCAACUCCUCGCGGGUAACAAGAUCCGAUCGAUAGCACCUAACCCUGAUUUCGACUCAACCAUCCAAGAUCAGAGUCGGCGCUGCGAGUACCAUCAGGGCGCACCCGGUCACACCACUGACAAUUGUUGGAAAUUACGGGAGAGGAUCCAACAGUUGAUUGAUGACAAGCAACUCACGUUCAACGCCGUCAAACCCCCCAACGUGCAAUCAAAUCCUCUUCCCGAUCACGGGUCGAGCUCGGGACCCAGCAUUAACAUGAUCGGUGUUUGCGCUAUAGGGGAGUACGAGACCGGACAGGAGGCACCGGCCCCGUUUGUGAUCGAAUAUGUUCCUGCAGAAACGGGUGUAGGGUACGCAGGGUUCGAUGCCACGCCCGCCCCAUUCGUGAUAGAAGUCCCCGCACGAGAGCCAUAUCAAGACAGCAAGGUCCCGUGGACCUACGAAGGAAGUGUUGGGAACCUCGAGAGUCAAUUUAGCGUCAUGGGCGUGACACGCUCGGGUCGAGUCUAUGAAAAUCCGAAGGUCGCAAACAAAGGGAAAGCCCUGGCAAUGCCUGAAGUCGCCCCGGAAGCCUCGUCCAUUCCCCGGAAGAAGGUGACUGAAGAAGAAGCUGAGGCCUUCAUGAAGAUUAUCAAGGCAAGCGAGUACAAGGUCGUUGAACAAAUGGGCAAAUCUCCAGCCCACAUUUCACUACUCGACCUCCUCUUGGGUUCAGAGCCACAUCGUGAAGCGCUUCUGAGGGUCCUAACAGCAGCGCAGAUCCCCAAAGAGACGGCUCCGGAGCGGAUUGAGGAGACUAUCAGUUCGAUCUUCUCCAACAACAUUUCAUUCUCAGAUGAUGAACUUCCCUCAGAAGGGUGGGCACACUCGCGGGCACUACACAUUGUCUGCAAGUGUAAUAACUUUAUCAUCGGUCGGGUCAUGAUCGACAAUGGCUCGGCACUCAAUGUUUGCCCGGUUUCCACGUUGAAGCAGAUGAACGUGGACUUUAACCGUAUCCGUCCGAGCAAGACUGCGGUUCGAGCCUUCGACGGCUCUCGGAGGGAAGUAAAUGGAGAGAUCGACCUGGUGAUCGAGGUGGGUCCCUGCUCAUUCGCUGUUACGUUCCAAGUCCUAGACAUCCCGAAUGCUUUCAGCUUGUUGCUCGGGAGACCGUGGAUCCAUGCGGCUGGCGCCGUUCCUUCGUCCCUACACCAAAGGAUUAAAUUCAUCGCAGAAGAUCAACUUAUCACGGUCAAGGGUGAGGAGGAUUACGCCAUUUACAAUGAGACAGUUGUUCCCUACAUCAAUAGCAAGUCUAGUGGAGGACCCCCAAAAGAUUGGCAUAGACCUGAGGUUGAUCUAAUCAAACUCAACUGUGAUGCAGCAUUUGAUGAACAAAUAUUUGAAACACCAAUAGGAAUUGUGGCCAGGGAUGCUGCUGGGGAUAUGUUUGAUGGUGUUGGAAGGAAACUAAGACGAGAUUCAGCCCUGGUACAUUAA